AUGUUACCGGAAGUGAUUGAAGACAUCUGUCGUUGUCGUCAAGUGGUAGAAACAUUAUCACUUGAACAGGUCUUGGCAAUAGACUGCGAAGGGAUACAGCUGGGUGUAGAUGGCCCCUUGACUCUGGUACAAGUUGGAACCUACUCUGGGGAGGUGUAUCUUUUUGAUAUCCAUGCAAACAGGGAACUUCUGAAAAAAGGGCGACUAGGGUAUAUAAUGGAAUCGAAAGACAUUGUUAAGGUAAUGCAAUCCUGCUCCAAUGACAGCGCUGCAUUGCAUUUCCAGUUUAAUGUUACGCUUCGAAAUGUAUUCGACACUCAGGCUGCACACCUUUUAAUUGAAGAGCACAAAGGAAGACAACUAGCUCCUCCACUCAAACUAGAUGACAUCUGCAAGAAAUAUUCUGGAAAGAAAGGCGUAUCUGAAUACAAAGAAGAUAUUCGUGCUGAAUGGAUAAAAAGAACUGCGGAUUUCUGGGCACAAAGACCAAUGACAGAAGAAAUGAUAAUGUAUGCUGCUGGUGAUGUCACCUCUAUAAUUCCAGAGGUUUAUGAAAACCAGAGAGAGUAUCUGGAAAGCAAUGGUCUGAUGAGCAAAUUUCAAGAGAGAGUCUGUGAAGAAAUUAAUUAUUUAAUUGAUCCAAUCAUAAAAGCUGGAAGAGAAAAAAGAAUAGAAAGUACAGUGAAGAGGAUAGUGGCCAACAUAAGUUCCACCUGUUCAGAAAAUACCAAAAUUUCAAAUUUUGAAGACGAAGGAGAUGAGUACAGAGCAAUCCAAAAAAUGGAUUUUACGGAAGCAGAAAUGCUGUCUCCAUUGAUGAGUCGCUUAAAAACAGAACAAAUCAUGAAAGAACUACAAGAAAUGAACGAAAAACUCGAGGCAGAGGGAGAAGCGUUCUAUGUAAGGUGGCGUUCAGGAGCUCGCUUAAGAAACUACCAAAGGCACCCAAAUGAAGGAAUACGAAAAAAGUCAAAACAAAUACUGGAGAAGAUAUACGACAUUGUUCUAAAAGAUAUAUAUAAAAAGUAUGAUAUGGAUACCCCAUUAAUCCACGUCAGUGGCUUUGAGAAAGAGGCACUCAGAAGUCUGCGGCCGUCUGGAGACAACGACCCUCGCGUCAACAAGGUAGCAUUGCGUCUGUAUUGGAUGGUAAUGGAGGAAGACCUCCGGAAGAAGAUGGAGGAUUUCAAAACAAAACAAAUAAACUUCACCAUUCCAGAGGGCUACUACAAAAAGAUGAAGUUCUUCGCUGCAAGGAGAAGCAAAGUACCAGAAACUUUAAAAACGAUGGCCGCAAGAUUUUUAGAUGAUCUUGAUCAAAUAUUCGGAUUUGGAAUAGUUCCUUCCUAGAAAAUAUUAUAUUCUCCUUCAUAAUUCUGCUGACAAAGGGACACAAUUAGUGUCAAAGAGGAACUCGAGCAUCUUUUUAUUAUCAAUUUCAGGAUAG